AUGCCUUCAAAAGCCAAUGUAAAGAAGAGGUUCUCUAAAGCGGCUGUUCUUGAUGAAGGUGACCUCAUAUUAUUGAAUGAUGAUAGAAACUACAUUGAUUUAAACAGCAGUUCGUUCCCUGUUAAUGUUUCUACUUCAACUAGUAGUGACCUCAGCAGAAAUAAUGAGCUAAAAGAGGAUCACGAAAUCGGAUUGAGUUAUAAUAUUAGUAUCCAUCGCACUAAUAGCGGCAAUGAGUCUGAACAAGAUUUUGAUCCUCAAUCUUUGCCAGCAAUAUUACUAGAGAAUAACAGUCAUGACAUUAUUCAAGACUCAAAAUCCAGAACAGAUGGUAGCAUUUCCCCUGCUUCUGAUAAUGGAACUGAGCCUAAAGUAACAUUAUCCAAGAAACGGUCAAUUAUGCGAUGGGCCCUGAAGGACUACAAUUCAUCUUUGAAAAAACUUGACAUUAUUUCAGCACAUCAACAGCAACGAGAAAACAAGUUGAAGUGUCAAAAUUUUCAAGAUGAGUCUGCGACAAAGCAUCGGUGCAAAAUAUUUAAAUUUUUAGGCAAAAAAACUAGUAAUCGUCUAUCUUUUGCCUUGCCUGACUUCAAGCUCCAGGAAAUCGAAAAAUUGAUUACCGUACUAGAUAAUUUUGACAAAAGUUUUGGAGCGGCGGAGCAACAAGAAAAAUCUGUCUCCAAAAAAGCAUCGUUUGAAAGCUCAUCAUUAUUGUCGGGACGAUCUUUCCCUGAUAUUGAAUCCAGAUUUCAAGAGUAUCAUUCUCGAAAUUUAGAUAUUGGCGCAAAAGUACGGCAGUCUUUGGAAAUGAGUGAAUUGUCGGACUUGUCUUAUGAUUUAAUCAUUGAGCAUGAAAGAGGUUUAAUCUUAUUUGGCUAUCCUCUCUUCAGUAAAAAUACAUUGGUGCAGCCCGUUGAUCCUUAUCCAUUUAUCAACCAAUAUAAUAAGACUAUUAACAUUGCUCAAGAUAGUGCGGCUGCUGGUUGUUUUGCUUACGAUAUGAAAUUGUACCCAAUUGAUGCGAAUAAAUGGGAAUGGAAAUGGGAUAAAUGGUAUGUGUUGAUGCUAGACCAUGAUAUCGACGAUCAAGGCUGGAUAUACUCUGGGCUAACUUUUUCAAAUCGACAUUGGAGAGGCAAGUACCGAUUCGGUAAUAGUGUCAGAAAAAGAUUCUGGAUUAGAAUCAAAGAAAAGAAAUUGGGGAAUUCAUUAUGUAAGGAAAUCUUGUCAGUUUCAUGCACCGGCAAAAAUAUCAAUAAAGAUGGAAGUGGACAUCUUAUGCCAAGCCCCUCUCAUGCAACUAAUAUAGAUAGCGGUAGUAACCCUUUCAGAGACAUACAAAACUUUUUCGAUGAACUCCAUGGCUUUCGUUUAGACAGGCUAAAAAUUGAGUUUAUCAUUGCAACCUUUUUCGAUAAUAACGCCUCACCUCAUGUUCGAAAUCUACGGCAACAAUUGCUUGGUGACGAAAAUUAUUUUGAAGAAAUGUUGAAUAGUUUAGUAUUUCCAGAAUCCCUAAGGAUUCUCAGAGAUAAGUUUGUUACUGUGUCAACUAACCAAAUUGAAAAAAAUGAUAUUAUGAUCAAUGACCAAAGUGACAGCGUUGGCGGUUUAGCAACGGCUUUUUUAUUGAAGCUUGACUCCAGGUGA